GGUAGCGUCUGAGGGUGUCUGACCAGCUGAAAAGGACACAUGACCUCACCUUUUCCCUUACAAGGAUCCAUGAGCAGAUGUUGCUGUAAUGGAGGAGGGCCCUCCGAACCUGGUAGACUAUUUUGUGGUCGCCGGUCUCACGUCGUCAUCUCGACCACUGGACGAAGAGAAGCGGCCUGCGCGCCCGGCUGAGCCGAUCACUGAUGUGGCCGUUAUCAUCCGGUCGCUGUCCGAGGAGGUGCCGCAUGGCUUCACAUGUAUAGCAAGUACUCCCGGGGGCCACCCCGCAGACCUUGGCACAGGCCUCCUCAACAGCCAGCAGAUGUACCUAUGCUACCGCCGAGGACGGGAUAAGCCUCCCAUCACUGAGCUGGGAUUGCACUAUCCCGGGAAAGAGAGUCUCCGGAGCGGCUUCACCGUUAUUGACACCACCCCUUACAGUCACUCUGCCAACCUGAGCUCCGGGGCACCUGGGCACCAGCGAACGUUCUUGAUCUGUAAGCGUGCCACCGAGUCUCUGGGCAUGAACACACUUGGGGUGAUGGAUAUCUGCAUCAUAAACCCCAGUAAAGGAGACAGCAUCCCGCAUACCUUCUGCAAGGUGGACAGGAACCUCAACACUGGCAUGUUCGGGCCGGCUCUUUUCCUUUGUUACAAGAAAGCCAUUGCCAAGACUCACAGCUUGGUGUAUGAAGCAGGACUAAUCAGCCGAUUCCCAGACGCCGACAGCGAUGCAUUCCCUCUGCCAGAGCUGGUUCCAAACUUCUGCUUGCCAAUGGGAGCCACCAUAGAGAGCUGGCCCCUGGACACCAAGUACCACCUGCCUGUCUUCUCCACGUUUGUUCUGACCGGGGCAUCUGGGGACAAGGUGUAUGGGGCUGCCAUCCAGUUUUACGAGCAGUACCCCCGGGAGCUCCUGAACGAGAAGCAGAGCCAGCGCCUGGGUCUCCUGAGUGUGGUGGACAAACGGCCCGUGACCAGCAAGUCGGUUCAAACCAAAAAAAGCAUCUGCGUUCUGUCUCACUGGCCGUUCUUUGAUGUCUUUCAGAAAUUCCUUACGUUCAUCUAUCGGUACUCCAUCUCGGGUCCCCACGUUCUGCCCAUUGAAAAACACAUCUCCAACUUCAUGUUCAACGUCCCUUUUCCUUCCCACCAGAGACCGCGCAUCCUCAUACAGAUGUCACCUUACGAUAACGUUCUUCUGUGCCAGCCUGUGUCCUCUCCGCUGCCCCUCAGUGGAGCUAGUUACGUUACUCUGCUGCAGAACCUGGGUCCGGAGAACUCGGUGACGCUGCUCCUGUCCGUCCUUACCGAGCACAAGCUGCUGAUUCACUCGCAGCGGCCGGACGUCCUGACCAGCGUGGGGGAAGCCCUGGUGUCUAUCAUCUUCCCUCUGCGCUGGCAGUGCCCAUACAUCCCCCUGUGCCCUCUGUCCCUCUCAGAUGUACUGUGUGCCCCCAUGCCCUUCAUCGUGGGCAUCCACUCGAGCUACUUCGACCUCCAUGACCCUCCUCAGGAUGUGCUGUGCGUGGAUCUCGACACCAACACUCUUUUCCAGAGUGAAGAGAAAAAGAUCCCAUCCAGCCGGAUUUUGCCCCGCAAACCCUGCAAGGUGCUGCUGAGCUGCCUGAGUGACCUCCACAAGCAGCUGGAUGAGAUGUAUAACAAGCCUCUGGAGGAAGCUUCCCUGGAGUUCCUGCUGAAAGAUUACGAUUUAAUCUAUGGCCGCCGGACGCAGUUGGAACUCGAGGUGCAGGCGUCCUUCCUACGCUUCAUGGCCUGUCUUCUGAUGGGCUACCGAUCAUAUCUCCUGCCCAUCACACAGGCUCCAUCUGAGCGAACACGGGACUCCAGCAACCUUUUUAACCUGGAGGGCUUCCGAAAGUCUAGGGACCGUGCGCACCAGAAGUUCUAUUCCCAGAUGGUGAAGACCCAGAUGUUCACCCAGUUUAUUGAAGACUGUUCCUUUGUUAGCGAGCGACAUGCCUCCCUCGAGUUCUUUGACAACUGUGUCGAAAAGGUGCAAGUCGACGGGGAUAAGAUGGAGGAUUUACACCUGGUGGAGCUGGACGAGUCUCACCGCAGUGAACACACGGUUUUCGUCAUGCCGGCUGAGGAACCCAGUGACCCGGAGAUUCCAGCUCAGUACAAGUAUGACAGCUUUCCAGUCCUUCAGAUGGAUCUCUUUGACUUAUCCCAAGAUCUGCUGCUGAUCCCUCCCACCCAAUCAAAAACCAGCGCUCCCAGCAGCCCGGCCCCUCGCCGGACUAAACAGGAGAUCAAGUCUGCCCAGCGUGUGGCACAGAAGUACUCCUCCAUGCCGGAAAUGUGGGCAAAGUGUCUGCUCGGGCACUGCUACGGGCUGUGGUUCAUCUGCCUGCCCACGUUUGUGCGGGCUGCCGCCUACAAGGUCCUCGCUCUGCAGACGGCCUACGAUGUAUUGAAGCAGAUGGAAACCAAAAAGCUUGUCUUGCCAGAUGAGGUGUGUUACCGCAUCCUCAUGCAGCUUUGCGGUCAGUACGGGGAGCCGGUGCUGGCUGUACGCGUGAUGCUAGAGAUGAGGAAGGCUGGUAUUGUGCCAAAUACCAUCACCUACGGGUACUAUAAUAAGGCCGUGCUGGAGAGUAAGUGGCCGUCCAGCAAUCAGAGCGUGCGGCUGCGUUGGGCCAAGCUGCGCAACGUUGUCUUGGGUGCUGCUCAGUUCCGCCAGACGCUAAAACAUAGACAAAGACAUGGAGUGUCUACAGACAGACAGACAGACAUGGAGUGUCCCACCCAAAACCCAUCCCCAGAGGUCUGGAGGAAGAGGAGCCACGUGUCAGACUUGCCUCCUCGGCUCGGCCUACAUCGGCAGACAACAUGGGCCGGGAGCUCCUUCAAGGACUCAAGGGGGGCAUAUCCAGGGAAGUUAGUGAAGAGCUGGAGCGUGAGCUGUACCCGGACUGAUUCAGAAGUGGCGCACGUGAUGGACGGAUUGGAAGUUCUUAAAAAACCCGACCAAAGCCCUUCAUUAAACGGGUCCCUGCGACGGCCAAGCGGUACUCCACUUAUCCUUGGACCUUCUGAGAAUGGGAGUUUGUCCAAUAUCAGCUUUGUUACAGACGGAACCGGCAGUGACGCGUUGACAUCUGAUGACUCCGAGCUACUGGUAACGGAGAGCUCCGCAGAGGUCCUUCCUUCUCACAGCAAAGCAGGGGAGGAGGACGCCAAAUCCGUUAGACGUCGCAGCUUGGCAGAGAAGAUGCAGCAACUGCUCAGCCCUUCCAGGAAACAGUCGAGGUCAUUGGGGACAAGGAAGAAGGGCAAGGCCAUAGAGGGUCCAUCUCCGCUUGUGAUCGAGCGUCACCAAGGCUGGAAGAGUGAAAAGAGCGUUGGGAGACCGGAGUCGACUGCAUCUGAGAGCUCGGUGUCCUUGGGAAGUGAAGUUGACCUGUCUGACACCUCCGUCUGCAGCUUUGCCCUUCACAAAUCCACCGACCGUUUGACCGACGUGGUCCUGGAGCUGCCAGCCGCAGAGGUUGUCCUGUCUAGCUGUUCCCUUUGUCCAGCUUGUCAGUGUUUCAUAUAUGAUGAAGACAUUAUGGCUGGCUGGACAUCUGAUGACUCCAAUCUGAAGACUGUGUGCUCUUUCUGUGGCCAGCAUUUUGUACCGUUCCUGAACAUCAAGAUUACCGACCUUCAGGGUCAUCGCGUGUGGUCUUCCUCUGAACCGUCAGCAGAUGCGGGUGUGGAUCCUACAAGUUGUGGUCCGGUUCUCAGCGACCGCUAUCAGUGUUUGGUGUUGGAUGAGGUGGCAUCUGGGCAGAGUCCGUGCGACAGAUUCCCUGAUGUCCAGCUUCCAUCUUCUGUGUCGGAGAUGGUGACGGUAGCGUACCUGUGCCCCCUGGUACUGCGCAAGGAGCUGGAGAGCCUUUUAGAGAAUGAAGGAGGAGACGUCCUGUCCCAGCCCGACCUGGUCAAUAACCAUCCAAUCAUCUACUGGAACCUGGUCUGGUACUUCCAGCGGCUCGGGCUGCCUAGCGAUCUGCCGCAGCUGAUCCUCGCUUCCAAGCAUGUCCGGCAGCUCCCGCAGGUCCUAGAAGCCCCGCAGAUCAAAGUCCAUCUCUUGUGGGACGUGUUGGUGCAAGACCCAGACCGCUGGCCCCCGUUGUACGUCCUAUGGAAACUGCACAGAAACCUCCCAUCUCGCCUCCAAGGCUGGCGUCUUCACUCCCAUCCCUUCACCCUGGAAUUUUUGGAGAAGAUCAUGAAUUUUAUUGGGAUGAACGAGGUUCACAAAGCCAUCUCUUUGUUCCUGAAUGUCAUCCAGGAGCAUAAAUCUCCCCCGCAAAUUAUCCAGAGGGGAAUCUACCGGGAGAUGCUGCUCCUGACGAUGGCAGCCUUGGGGAGAGAACAUACGGAUAUAGCUGCUUUUGAUCAUAAAUACAAGAUGGCAUUCAGGAAGCUGGGGGCCUCGUUGGCCAAGGAAGAGCUGCGUAGGAAGCUGGCCCAGUUCCCCAGCGCCAAGGCCCUGGAUUGCCGUAAAACGUUCGGCUUCACACUGGAAUGCUAAGCCUCGCUGU